GUCAGUCACUACCAGUGUCACUCUUAGUCUCUGUUGUCUGUGUAUUGUUCUAUUUAUCUAUAUAAAAUACGUAUUAAUUUUUAUCCUAUAGGAUUAUUUUUUAGAAAAAAUGACUGUUUCCCCAAUUCUAAUUGCGGUCUUGUUUACCAUAAUUAAUGGAAUUCUCGGCAAAAGUGUUGAGCUGACAUUUGAAUUGCCCGAUAGUGCUGUAGAAUGUUUUUAUGAACAAAUUGAAAAAAACACCUCUGCUGCUUUGGAAUAUCAGGUGAUUACCGGUGGCCAAUAUGAUGUAGAUGUAAAAGUGGAAGGACCCAAUAAGCAGAUAAUAUACCAACAACAAAAAAUGCAAUAUGACUCACAUCAAUUCACAGCUCAACAAACAGGUGUAUACAAAGUUUGUUUUAGCAAUGAAUUCAGUACUUUCUCCCACAAACUUGUAUAUAUGGAAUUGAAUGUGGGACCAGAGAAAGCCCUUCCAGGAGUUGGAGAUCAUGCAACUGUCCUUACCCAGUUGGAGACAUCUGCAAAUGAUAUUCACUUAGCAUUAAACCAAAUUAUUGAUCAUCAAACUCACCACAGAUUACGUGAAGCUCAGAGCCGGAAAAGAGCUGAAGAUCUCAAUGAGAGAGUGUUUUGGUGGUCCAUGGGAGAGACUUUUGCAAUUUUGUGUGUGGCUCUCGCUCAAGUUAUGAUUUUGAAAAACUUCUUUAGUGACAAACCUACAUUAUACAGUCGAAUGUAAAAUUAGUUAGUACAAUAGCAUAUUUAAUUUCAUUAAAAAUAUUUUGUGGCAUUA